AUGGUUACAACGCACUGUCGUCUUCCGCCGACCCGAUUGCCUGGAGAUACCGUGACAUCAUUUCAAGGUGCAGAGUACCAGAAGUCGUCUCUUGUCAACUCGAUCAACUCUGGAAUACCCUUCUCUGUUGCGAAUCGCCUGGCAACCCUUCUGGAGCGAAAGGACUCGGGUCGGACGCGGGCUACAUACAAGGAACCAAUGGAUAUGAGCAGGGAAAAUGGACUUGAUUCGAGCUUACAAUCCUUACCGCCCGUGAGCAAGUCGGACUUGAUUACUUCUUUCAUCCAGGAGCAACGAGCGAACCAGGCCAUCUAUUCGCAGCUAGGAAAGGCGUAUUUCGACUCUUGGCGGGACGAAUCUUGCGACACUGGGCAUACCGUACCUGUUUCUGAGGCAGCUAGAACUGUCUCCUCGCGCCCCGACAAUCUCAUUGACCUUGGUCUCGCAACGCCCAUAUUAAAACCCCGCAACCCUCGCGCUACCUCUGGUCAUCUUGCCGUAAAUCCCUCUACUAAGCGUUCUGGACCUGAUGAAAUUACAGGUGAUCGCGACAGUGCUCUCCGUUACUUGACCCAGGGGUCUGUCGUCGCGACACAGUCUCGGGCCACCCGCCUCGACACGUUGAAGAGGCCUUCUCGCCAACAACGCGACAGCGACAGCACAGACCCGCCGCCAAAAAGUACUGGGGUCUCUUUUAAACAGGUGGCGGAGCACGCCGACCCAGACAGAGUGCACAAGGAGGUGCAGGAGGGCGAGGACCUGCCGGAGAAAAGUCAAGAACUCAUUGAACAUGAAGAACGACUGAAGGGGCGUCGCGAAAAACGACAGGUCAGACGCAAAAUCGUGAGGCCCCAACAUAAGUCACCUAUCUCUUCGGAGGACGGUGAGCUGGAGGGCCAUGAAGGAUCGUAUAAGAAGAAAAAGAAAGCGACCCGUCCGAAGGCCCCUGCAGGAUUGGCCUUGAUUCACGGCUUCCAUGCAACCAACGUUGGAAAGUCUCGAUUAACUAUGGAACGAAAUAUUGGGCCCAUUGGUGUCUUCUCGAGGGGAAAGGCAUCAGCGAAGACGUCUACUGCCAAGAGAAAACAGUCAAAGAACGCUUUUUCUGAGGCAAGAUUUCUAAACACUGUACAGAACGCAAAGCCAAAAGAGCCUGGAAACGGGAAGAUAAAGGAGUCGGGUCAUGGGAACGAGACGCAUUCAGUCUCUCGACCUCCCUCCCAUCCACCAUCGUCGCCCAGUGCUCGCCCUCGAAAAAGACAAAAGCAGCAAUCGGUCAAAUCUGUGAGCCCAAAAGCCAGCCCAGAGAAGCGAUCUCAGGAAAGGCCCGCUCGUUCAGAAUCAAUAGUCUGGGACAUCGAACGAUCUAGUGCUGUCCUUCCCUCUUGCGAUACUUCGGUCGUUGUCCAAAGUAAAGCCACAGUGGCACCUCCAGGAGAAUCGCGUGCUUCACAUAACCAACCGAAAACCACUGUCCAUUCGGUCACUCCUCGCUCGAACAGUAGACCUGGUGCGACAAAUACCGAGGUCUCUUUGGCACCCUCCGACUCCGUGUCGCGCAUAAUAGAGCUCUCUGCCGGCCGACAGCCUAUUAAACAAGCGCCUUCGGUGGUAGUCGUUUCGCGAUUCUUUCAAAAGGAGCCAGAAGUCCAUAGUAGGAAAGAAACGGUUCCCACUUUUUUCCCGCCACCAUCGACGGAACCCGUGGAACCCUUCAAAGAGGCCAGCAUCUUUACCCGUUGUGCCCUUAGCAAUGUGGGCGACAGCUCAUGCUUCCUGUCUGAACGGCCCGCUGCUGCGUUUUCCGUGACAGAGGACGACCUGGAUCUACCUUACUCGGCGCAGCACAUCCCCCAUGGAGCGGAUACUUUCAGCAGAAGGUCACGCGAGGUACUGUCCGACUCGAUUAUCUUGUCAGACAUCGGUGUCCACACUGGAUACGGAGCUGAAAUUUACAGCAAAAUCCAGUUUUCUCCGUCUGCUCAAAGCGUUUUGGAUAUUGGCCACGGACUUCCGGAAUUUACAGACUGUCACGAAUAUGGUCCUUGGCAAUCGCCUACCGACUCCUAUGGCGGGGGGCACUCAUUUGGCGCGGCCCAGGCUCCACUCAUGUCACAGCCCUACACUGCUAGCCAGACCCUUCCAUUCUCUGGGGCCCACGCUCGAUGGCCCUAUGACGCCGUCGACACUUUCCCUGACAUAGUCCACGAUGGGUAUUCGGACUUCCCAAGCGGCACCUGUGGGUAUCUUGACGGUGAUCGACGUUGUUCGGAAGACCAAAUUGCUCACCCACCUUCCGGCCAAGACCCGGGACAGAAGCUCUCCUGGAGUGCAGAAGUAGAUGUGGCGGUGGAGGCACAACAGGCCGAUAGAUUGGACUCUUCCCAGAUGCCAACGGGUUCGGAAGGCAUCCUCGAGGACAGUACCGCAACAUCGAGCGAUGUUUUCAGCGGUCUUCAAUUUUCGGAACAACACCAGGAAGAAGAAGUCGAAAGAUUUCUUCAAGGCCGAGCGUUGCUUCUAGGUGGAGGUUCGAGGUCUUUGGACGCGGUGCAUCGCGCAGAGGUGUCUCGGACUCGGCAAAUGGCCCCCAUUAACAGCCUUUCCAGAGCCGAGAUCGAUGUAGCGAGAAGUAUGAGAGAUCACUGGCGUCCGCAUCGGCCGUAG